AUGCGAAGUCGCUGUAAGGAACUUUUUACUCCUGGUAAAUGUGUGUCAAUAGAUGAACGUAUGGUUAAGUCUAAGGGUAGGUUCUUCUUCAAACAAUAUAUAACGAAUAAUCCCACUAAAUGGGGUUUCAAACUUUGGGUUCUAGCUGAUUCUGCUACAGGCUACAAUUGGGAUAUGGUGGUUUAUACUGGUAAAAGCAGAAAGGAUGAUUGGGAUGAUUUCAGUGUUGUUGAUAAUAGUUUUGAAGGGAUAGAAAGAGGACUUGGUAGAGCUAAGGCUUUUAAUGAAAACCCCAAUCCAGAAAAUGCAGGAAAUCUCAUCAACCAAUUAGCUGCCAGAGUUGUUAUUAAUUUAACAAAACCUCUGGUAAACAGGGGGUAUGUUCUUUUUGCUGAUAACUUUUAUUGCAGUGUCCCAUUGUUCCAAUAUUUGACUUCAGUUGGUAUAAAUGCUGUUGGUACUGUAAGGGAAAAUUCCUCAUCCUUUCCUGAGGUAAUGAAAAAUAGGCAGUCUUGGGGGAAGAAACUUGAUCGAGGAACAAUAAGGUAUAUUAGAAAUGGGGAAAAGCCGAAUGAUGUGUUGCUUGUACAGUGGGUUGAUAGGAAUGUUGUCUCUGAUCUCUCCACCUACCAUUCUGCCAAUGAUUAUGAUUAUUGUACAAGGAAUACAAAGGUUGAUGGAAGUCAUAAAAAGGUUAAGGUUUUGAGGCCUAAAUGCAUUUCAGAUCAUAACAAAGAUAUGAAUGGUGUAGAUUUGUCUGAUCAGAUGUACCAUAUGUAUUCUGUUCAAUAUAGGACUAAAAAGUUUUGGAAAACAUUAUUCUUUCAUUUUGUUGAUAUUUGUGCUUGGGAUGCAUAUGUGUUUUGGAGAGAGCUUAGAAACCCAACCCCUGAGCAGAAAAUGCCUAAGAACUAUUCUUUUCUUGAUUUUAAAAAGGAUUUAGCCCUUCAGCUUGCUUUUGUUGAGCAGAAAGCCAUUAGAGCCGAACAUUAG